GAUAAAGAAGAAACCGUGAGUGCCUGCUCUGAUUGAUCCUCCAGUCCAGAGCACAAGAUCGAUUUCACCAGAGAGACAGAAUUAAAGAGGGUGGUUUGUCAGGGGUGACCUGCAGAACACAAGAAGAGACAGACAUAAAUUAAGGGAGGAGAAGAAGAGAUGGGGAGCGGGAAGAGAGGAAAGGUGUCAUGGUCGGUUGCUGGCCUGAUGGUUGCACUUGUGGCAGCAAGCCUUGCUCUGGAGGCGGCAGCCGCGACUCACGUGGUGGGGGGCUCAACCGGAUGGAUCGUCCCUCCUAACUCAAGCUUUUACUCUGAUUGGGCCUCCACACAAACCUUUGCGGUUGGUGACACCCUUGUGUUCAAUUUUCAGACCGGAUCGCACACUGUCGACAAAGUAACAAAGUCAGGCUACGAUGAUUGCUCAACUUCCAACCUGAUCGGCUCCGCCAUAACCACAGGCCCGGCCUCAGUUUCUCUCACCACCGCCGGCGACCACUACUUCAUUUGUGGAAUCCCUGGCCACUGCUCCGCCGGCCAGAAGUUGUCUGUCACCGUUGCCUCCUCCCCAACAGGUGCUUCCCCUCCCACAUCAGCUGCUGGUCCCUCGCCACCAGGCACCGGCGGAAGCAGUGCAGCCACAUCACUUCUUCCUGGUUUCAGGACCGCGGCAACCUUCUCCCUGGCAACUGCACUCGUGUUUGCUGCCUCCUUUUUCCUCCUCUAGAUUGGAUACAUAUAACAGCAGGCGCCUCAUGCGUGCUUCUACUUUUCCCACAGCGAGAGGCAGAGAUUGCUGCCGCUAUACGUAGCAUAUUGUUUUUAUUGAUCAUUUCUCUUUCUAUAGUUGUCCAUUCUUCUACUGUUAGCAUACAUGCAGACUUCGGGUCACAGUGCGAGAGAUAGCCCGAUACUUGUGUUAGUUUGAUUGACGCAGGCUGAUUCCUGAUAUCCGUGUAGUUUCAUAAUAGCGAAUAAUUCUGCCCAGUUACAUGGGUGUUCAUUGGUUUCCGUACAAAUAAGCUGGGACUUUAUGA